AUGGACCGCUAUCCCCCCAGCGGGCUCUCUAUUCUUAUAGUGGGCGGUGGAAUCGGUGGUCUGACUUUUGCGAUUGAGGCAUAUCGCAAGGGUCAUGAGAUCCGGGUGCUUGAGAAACGGCCCAACUUUGAGGGCUACGGGGAUCUACUCCUGAUAGAAUGCAAUGCUCUUCAUACCGUCAAGAAGUGGCCUGGUUUCUUCGAGAGACUGGAGGCAAUAUCUUACAAAACCCAGCGAAACGUGAAAAAGUACGACGGAACUUGGAUUGGGAGCUGGCCUAUUGGUGAUGGGGUGAAUCGAUCUGCGGCACUUAAUCGCUCCGAGCUUCAUGGCCUGCUUUGGGACUAUGUGCAGGAACUGGGUAUCAAAGUGGACUUCGACAAAGAGGUGGAUGAAUACUUCGAAACCGACACACAUGGAGGCGUGGCUUUGGCCGAUGGACAGAGGCUCACGGCGGAUAUCGUCGUUGCGGCUGAUGGUGUUGGAUCAAAGUCAUGGCCAUUGGUGCUGGGGCAAAAGGACAAGCCCACCAGCUCUGGCUUUGCCUGCUAUAGGGCAACUUUCCCGGCAGGUCCAGCCCUGGAGAACCCGAUCAUUGCGAAGGAGUUCGAGGGCCAUGUGGAUCGCGCUUCGGUGCACAUAGGCCCUGGGGCACAUAUGGUAGUCGGAAAAACAGAAAGGCAGAUCUGCUAUAUAUUGACGCAUAGGGACGACCACAAUGCCGAGGAGAAUUGGGACAAGACUGUGUCUACGGAUACUGCUCUGCAGUACAUCGCCGGUUGGGAACCCUUCUUAACGGAGCUUGUCAAGGCAACACCCGGUCACCGUUGCACCGACUGGAAGUUGUUGUGGCGUAACCCGCAACCCAGAUGGGCUUCACCUAAUGCUCGUGUUAUCCAGCUUGGCGACGCUGCGCAUUCAUUCUUGCCUACUUCAGGGAGUGGAGCAGCAAUGGCCAUGGAGGAUGCAUACUCUCUGGCGACUUGCCUUCAGUUAGGCGGGAAGUCCAAUGCUCCCUUGGCUGUAAGGGUCCAUAACCAUCUAAGGUUUGAGCGUGUCUCGUGCGCCCAGAAAAUGGGCUUUCACCACCGAGAAAAGUUCCACAACACAGACUGGGACGAGGUUGCCAGGAAUCCGGAUAUUCUCAGCAAGACUACGGCAGACUGGAUUAUGCGUCACAACCCAGAGCAGUAUGCUUAUGACAACUACGACAGUUGCGCUCAGCAUAUCCUUGCAGGGAAGGCAUUCCAGAACACCAAUAUCCCACCGGGCUACAAAUAUGAGCCAUGGACUGUCCAGGAGCUUAUGGACGCCUCGGACAGACACAAACCUGUCAUUGACGAAGGCGAUUGGUCUUGA